AGUCUAGCCAUGAGAUUAUUUGCAGUGCUAUUGGGGUGGUCCUCUUGCAUCAUGUGGUGGCUUUUUUUGCUUGGUUGCCUUGUGGUGCCCUUCACAGCUGGUGUCACUAGCUCCAUAGCUCUAGAAUUCCCAGGGACAGUAUCUUGUCAUGCUGACAAGAUGCUGCUUGGGUUUCCUAGAUUGCUUGGCAGCAUCUUCUGGCAGGCCCAUGUAGUUGAUGCAAGUGGAGAAGAGAUUGCAAACUGUGUCUACAUGGUGGAUCAUGAGAGGCUGACUCUAACUGCUCUGUAUGUGAACUGCACUAGACUAGAGCAUGGCCAACACCAUCUGCGAGUAAAGCUGCUGCAGAACAAGACAGUUGCAGGGGACAAAAAUGUAACCUACAGCAUUGGCUGUGAUGCUCUUCAAGCAGAUGUUGUACCUACUGUUUUUACAGGAGCUACAAACUGUACGAAAGACUUCAUGGCGGUUGUAUUCCCAAGACUCAUUCCCAGCUUUGCAGAUGAACACACGAUAGCAGAAUCUCAGAUGACUUGGAUAGUCUCCAUAGAUGAUGGAACAAGAACACACAGGUUAAGCCUUCGGCAAGCCAUGCAACAAGGAUAUACAUUCCUAGCUGAUGGCAACAAUCUCAUCUUCCAGGCUUCUUUUGGGGCUACUGGAGUCAUGUCCUACAAGCAAGACAACCAGAUGCUCUAUACAGUGGCUCUCAAGCUUUCGUAUGGGCCUCCUGAUCAGCGACUCACUGUGGAAUCAAGAAUGAUCUGUGCACCAGGCCCAGCAACCUGCAAUUCAACACACAUGACUGUGGCCAUCCCAGCUUUCCCGGGGACCCUGACUGCUGUGCGUAUAGAGAACAGAAACAUUCCCAUGGACCAACUGCAAGCAAAUGGGAUUGGUCUGGACACAAGGAAGGGAGUGAAGCUGCACAUCCACAGAAGAAUCCUGAAGUCCCACCUGAAUGAGGAGAGCUGCUUAGGACUCCAGUCAUACCUGGCAUCACUAAGGCUGACUUUCCGUUUCCAUGGAGAAAUGGCAUCAAUGGUGACCUAUCCAGAGUGUCCCUGUGACCAACAUGCACCCAUAGCUGCUGUGUGCUCUCAGGAUGGUUACAUGGACUUCGAAGUACUCAGUGACAUGACACAACCAGCCCUGGACUUGGACACCAUCCGGCUUAGAGAUCCAGCAUGCAAACCAGUCUUCAAGUCUCCCUCUAAUGACAUGGUUCGGUUUCACAUCCCCCUGAACAGAUGUGGGACAAGGCAGAGGUUUGAAGGUGAGAGAGCAAUUUACGAGAACGAAGUGCAUUCCUUGUGGGCUGAUCUACUGCCACGCAGGAUUUCUAGAGACAGUGAAUUCAGGUUAAGUGUAGUGUGCACCUACAGAAGUGGUGAUGCAGCCCUGAAUGUAGGGAUAAGCAGUCUCCCUCCUCCAGUUUCUUCAGUAAACCAAGGUCCUCUGUCUUUGAUCCUACUGGUCUAUCCAGAUGACUCCUACCUGCAGCCCUACAGUGAUGACCAGUACCCUAUUGUGAAACAUCUGCAGCAACCCAUCUUCUUGGAAGUGCAGGUUCUAAACCGCAAUGACCCAAACAUCAAACUGGUGCUGGAUGACUGCUGGGCAACAGCAUCACAGGAUCCGAGCUCUAUGCCCCGCUGGAAUGUUGUUGUAGAUGGAUGUGACUAUGAAUUGGACAACUACAGAACAGUGUUCCAUCCAGUGGGCCUUGCAGUCAGCUAUCCCAACUAUCGCCAGAGAUUUGAAGUGAAGACCUUUGCCUUUGUGACGGGUGACAAGGCUCUCACUAGCCUAGUCUACUUCCAUUGCAGUGCUCUGCUCUGUGACAGGCUUCAACCAGACUCCCCUCUGUGUUCAGCAAGAUGUCCUAGGCCUUCCAGAUUCCAACGAGACGUGGUGGCCAUGGAAGCAGAGAACUCCGGUGUGGCAAGCUUACCUGGUGCUGUUCUCCUAGUGGCAGAUGAAUGGUCUUCAAUCCAAGAAGAAGCUCUCCUGAGCGAAAGCACAUGGACCACAGUUGCAACAGCAACUACAGUGAUUCUUGGCUUGAUGGCCACAGCCCUGGUAUCAAUGGCUGUCUUUAAAAACCUGAAAAGGACAAAUGCUGUAAUGACCAACUGAUUCUUAAGGAGAAAAUAAA